GCCAGCAGAUUGGCCCUCGGCGCUUUCCGUAGUUCAGGAAGUACCAAUUCUCUUCAUGCUCGGCGGGGGAGGAAGGCCAAGGCGUGCACCUCUUCUCACGGAGCCUGACCUAGUCGACUUAGAUGGAGGCUGUGGCGCGCCCAGAAUAGAAGUGUUGAGAGGGAGAGAAGGAGAGAAGGCCGGCUCCUUGUCGGCUGCCAGAACUCCCGCCUUCCCUUCCUCCUUUCCUCGCCUGCUUCGCGGUUGCGCCGGGCUGCUGGGAAGGCAGUGGGCGGGGUCAACGGGCAGCCGUGGCGGCUGGGUAAUGGCAGCCCAGUGAAGAGGCUUCGGGGCGGCCAGAGAGAGAGAGACGGCGGAGGGGGAGGACGGGGAGACGACGCGGGCCCGGGCCUCUCCUGUUGCCAGAUUUUAAUACUAACACCCCACAAUGUCCUUGAAACCACGAGUAGUUGAUUUUGAUGAAACAUGGAGCAAGCUUCUUACAACAAUUAAAGCUGUUGUGAUGUUGGAUUAUGUAGAAAGAGCGACAUGGAAUGACCGCUUCUCUGACAUUUAUGCUUUAUGUGUGGCUUAUCCUGAACCUUUGGGGGAGAGACUUUAUAUGGAAACUAAGAAUUUUUUGGAAAAUCAUGUACGCCUUUUGCACAAGAGAGUUCUGGACUCUGAAGAACAAAUCCUGGUAAUGUAUCAUAGAUACUGGGAAGAAUACAGUAGAGGGGCAGACUAUAUGGACUGUUUAUACAGAUACCUCAAUACCCAGUUUAUUAAAAAGAACAAAUUGACUGAAGCUGAUCUCCAGUAUGGUUAUGGAGGUGUUGAUAUGAGUGAACCACUGAUGGAGAUUGGAGAGCUAGCACUUGAUAUGUGGAGGAGAUUAAUGAUUGAGCCCUUACAGGCCAUCCUCAUUCGAAUGCUCCUCCGUGAAAUCAAAAAUGAUCGUUGUGGAGAAGAUCCAAAUCAGAAAGUAAUCCAUGGGGUUAUUAACUCCUUUGUUCAUGUUGAACAGUAUAAGAAAAAAUUUCCCCUAAAGUUUUAUCAGGAAAUAUUUGAGUGUCCUUUUCUGAAUGAAACUGGGGAGUAUUAUAAACAAGAAGCUUCAAAUCUAAUGCAAGAAUCAAACUGCUCACAGUAUAUGGAAAAGGUUUUAAGUAGAUUAAAAGAUGAAGAAAUGAGAUGUCGAAAAUACUUGCACCCCAGCUCCUAUGGCAAAGUAAUUAAUGAAUGCCAACAACGAAUGGUAGCAGAACACUUACAGUUCCUUCACGCAGAAUGCCAUAGCAUCAUCCGACAAGAAAAACGAAAUGAUAUGGCAAAUAUGUACACAUUGCUUCAUGCCGUGCCAAGUGGUUUACCUCAUAUGAUUCAGGAACUACAAAACCAUAUCCAUGAUGAGGGCCUUAGAGCAACCAGCAAUCUUUCUCAGGAAAACAUGCCCACGCAGUUUGUGGAAUCAGUGUUGGAAGUCCACGGUAAAUUUGUUCAGCUCAUCAACACAGUUCUGAAUGGAGAUCAGCGUUUUAUGAGUGCCCUUGACAAGGCUUUGACAUCAGUAGUGAACUAUAGGGAACCAAAGUCUAUCUGUAAAGCUCCUGAGCUGCUGGCCAAGUAUUGUGACAACCUACUGAAAAAAUCAGCAAAAGGCAUGACGGAAAAUGAAGUAGAAGACAAGCUUACUAGUUUCAUUACAGUUUUCAAGUACAUUGAUGAUAAAGAUGUUUUCCAAAAGUUCUAUGCCAGAAUGUUGGCAAAACGGCUUAUACAUGGUUUAUCCAUGUCCAUGGACUCUGAAGAAGCUAUGAUUAACAAACUGAAGCAAGCCUGUGGUUAUGAGUUUACUAGCAAGUUGCAUCGAAUGUAUACCGACAUGAGUGUGAGUGCAGACCUUAACAACAAGUUCAACAACUUCAUCAAAAAUCAAGACACUGUCGUAGAUUUGGGAAUUAGUUUUCAGAUAUAUGUUCUUCAGGCUGGAGCAUGGCCUUUGACUCAGGCGCCUUCAUCUACAUUUGCAAUUCCUCAGGAACUGGAAAAAAGUGUACAGAUGUUUGAAUUAUUUUACAGUCAACAUUUCAGCGGGAGGAAGCUUACCUGGUUACACUAUCUUUGUACAGGUGAAGUCAAAAUGAAUUAUUUGUGCAAACCAUAUGUAGCCAUGGUGACGACCUACCAAAUGGCAGUGCUGCUUGCUUUCAACAAUAGUGAAACAGUGAGUUACAAAGAUCUUCAAGACAGCACUCAGAUGAAUGAGAAGGAACUGACAAAAACGAUCAAGUCCUUACUUGAUGUCAAAAUGAUCAACCAUGAUUCAGAAAAGGAGGACAUAGAGGCAGAAUCUACUUUUUCAUUAAAUAUGAACUUCAGCAGUAAACGAACAAAAUUUAAAAUCACUACAUCAAUGCAGAAAGAUACACCACAGUUGCACGCAGAAGGAGAGUUCAUAGAGGGAGAUGAAUUCAAACAGGAGAUGGAGCAAACCAGAAGUGCUGUAGAUGAAGAUAGAAAAAUGUACCUUCAAGCUGCUAUAGUCCGCAUCAUGAAAGCACGAAAACUGCUGCGGCACAAUGCUCUUAUUCAGGAGGUCAUUAGCCAAUCAAGAGCUAGGUUUAACCCAAGUAUCAGCAUGAUUAAGAAGUGUAUUGAAGUUCUGAUUGACAAACAGUACAUUGAACGGAGCCAGGCCUCAGCAGAUGAGUACAGCUAUGUAGCAUGAAGUUAAUAUCCUGCAGAUCUGGUUGUACGGAGAUCAUUGCUGUCACUGCUUGGUGUGUCCUGUGGGGGAAAAAAGCAGGCCUGUUGUGCCUCCAUAAUUGGUCACUUGGCAGCCCCUGUUUUUUCUGCUGUUUACAACAUCACCAGUGCCACGUCAUGAGCGUCAAUGAAAAACAAGCCUAUAGAUAUCCCAAGCCCAUGUCAUGACAUUUCUUGAAACUUUACUAAAAGAGAGAGUGAAUGAAGUCUUGCUGACAUGUGGAAAUUUUGGUUGGAUACCAUGCUUCCCCCUUCACUCCCUCCAUCCUCCCAGCCCCCCCACGUUUGCAGUUGAUGUUUUUUAAUGUAUCUUAAAAGACAAAUGUUAAAACAGACUAAAUAUUGUAAUAUGGCAGAUAACAUAAUAAUUGUAUCUACAUUAAAAUGUAAAAAGAUGAUGAUACCGCUGCUUGUCAAAUAAAUAAAUGAAAUGGAAUAUCA